CAAAGCUUCAGCUCCACAUCCUACCAAGUUGCCUGCAAGAUGAGCGCAGCCAAGGUGACGCUACCACCUGCAGAUGCAUCGUCACAGCUCUUCUCAGACGCACUCAAAGUCUGUAUUGCUCAACAGGCCUUCAAUGCGCGUGUUGACAUCACUUCUGGCGAAGGCACAGAGACUGUCGUACUCUCAAUCGUAAAGGAAAACAGAUCGCUGCAUCAAGCGAAUGCUAUUGUGCGCUACCUCGCAGCUUCUGCAGACCAGAUCAUUACUCCAGCGCAAUCUUCUUUGAUUGAGUAUGAAGAGACCUUUAUCGCAGCGCAUAGCCAAGCGAAGCCCGAUGCAACAUUGUUUGAGUCGCUAUCCAAGGUCUUGGUCACGGCUCAGCUUGACCCGACGACGCUCAAUGCAGCACAGAUCAUCUUGUUCAGUUCAUUGUACAGAUUCAUCAGCAAGGCACCUGCACUUGAUCGCGAAAAGUAUGCAGCACUCUAUACGUGGUUUGAUGGUGUACUGCAGCGCGAGGAAGUUAUGAAGGGUGUCCAAAUGGCUGCUGAGCUUACGGCUGGACAAGUGGUUGGCAAGAAGUCUAAAAAAGCAAAGACUGUAACACCUACGAUUGCGCGGACAGUCUCUGCCAAGGACCGCAAGAUCAGGUCCGGCGUUGAAGUCAAAGCAUUGAGUCAGAAGGAGAUUCUCCCAGUGGAAGGUGAACGAAACGUACUCAUCACUUCUGCCCUCCCCUACGUCAACAAUGUGCCACAUCUUGGUAACAUUAUAGGCUCUGUGCUGAGUGCAGAUGUCUAUGCUCGUUACUGCAAAGCACGCAACGUCAAUACACUCUUUGUGUGUGGCACGGAUGAGUAUGGCACUGCCACUGAAACGAAAGCGCUCGAGGAAGGCUGCACCUCUCAAGAAUUAUGCGACAAGUUCCACAAGAUCCACAGCGAUGUCUAUGAAUGGUUUGAAAUUGGCUUUGACCACUUUGGGCGUACCACUACAGCGAAACAGACUGAAAUUGCGCAAGACAUCUUUUUGCGGCUGAAGGAAAAUGAUUAUCUCGUUGAGAAGUCUACCACGCAGCUUUAUGAUGAGACGCACAGUAAGUUCUUGGCGGACCGAUACGUCGAAGGCAUCUGCCCUAUCUGUCAGUACGAAGAUGCUCGAGGAGAUCAAUGUGAUGGCUGUGGCAACUUGCUCAACCCGCUUGAACUGAAGGAGCCACGCUCAAAGCUUGGCGGGAAAGUGAUUGUCCGCGACUCCAACCACAUUUUUCUCUCGCUCGACAAAUUGCAACCCGCAACAGAAGCCUGGUCCAAAGAGUCUUCACAAAAAGGCAAGUGGUCUUCGAAUGGUAUUGGCAUCACCAAUUCUUGGCUUAAGAAGGGUCUGACGGAUCGUUGCAUCACGCGUGAUUUGAAGUGGGGAACACCAGUACCAAUGGAGAGCAUGAAGGACAAGGUGCUGUAUGUUUGGUUCGAUGCGACAAUUGGUUAUAUUAGCAUCACCGCCAACUAUACCGACAGCUGGCAGAAAUGGUGGCGCAACCCAGACAAUGUCCAGCUGUAUCAAUUCAUGGGCAAAGACAACGUACCUUUCCACACGGUCGUCUUCCCUGCUAGUCUGAUUGGCACUGGUGAGAAGUGGACAAUGCUGCACCACAUCAAUACAACUGAAUACUUGCAGUACGAAGGCGGCAAGUUCUCCAAAUCGCGCAAUGUUGGUGUCUUUGGUAACAACGCGCAAGAUACGGGUAUCCUAGCGUCAGUCUGGCGAUACUACUUGCUUGCUUCGCGACCAGAGUCGCAAGAUACCAUGUUUGCAUGGUCUGAUUUCAUUUCAAAGAACAAUGCCGAAUUGCUCGCCAACUUUGGCAAUUUUGUCAAUCGAGUCAUCAAGUUUGUCAAUGCGAAAUAUGAGGGUGUCGUUCCAGACUUUGAGCCAGAAGCAGCGAUCGGGUUGGUCAAUCACGAGGGCUUCAUUCAAGACAUCAACCGUUUUCUGGCACAGUACAUCGAUCUGCUAGACCACGUCAAGGAACGUGCAGCUCUCGCUGUAUUGAUGCAAAUGUCUUCGCGCGGCAACCAGUUCCUACAAGAUAACAAGAUUGAUAAUGCUCUCUUCACGAAUGAGCCGGCGAAAUGCGCAGCGGUGGUUGGGCAUGCGCUCAAUCUGAUCUACUUACUCUCCAGUCUCGCAUGGCCAUACAUGCCCAGCACGGCUGAGAGUAUAGUCGAACAGUUGAAUGCACCAUUGGCACGGAUUCCUGACGAGUGGACAUUUGAUUUGCUGCCGGGGCAUGUGAUUGGGUUGCCGCAGUACUUGUUCACGAGGAUAGAUGAGUCAAAGGAGGAGCAGUGGAAGAAGCAGUACGGCGGAGGCAGUAACGUAUAG